AUGUCUUCGAGCUCGAAUUCGAAGCACAAAAAGAAGCAAUCCAAGGCCCAGCUGCAGAACUCGCCAUUGUCGUCGAAUGCCACCACCACGCCUUCCAAGACGCAGCAGCAACAACCACAAGAGCUUGCCUCUUUAUGCGAAGAAGCUUCUCGAAAGUUCCCUUCUCUCAUCGCUAAAUCCGCCUUCGUGGCCGAAAUCACCCAUGUCGACGACACCGUUCCCCUUUUCAAGGGCUUCAGAAUUUGGCUCUCCGAACCUUCCAUGCUCUCCUCCUCUCUCUCACCCGGUUCCAUUGUCUCGGUGUCUAUUCCAUCUUCAGACGAUAAUAAAAGUUCACAAUUGCAUAGCUUUCCCCUAGUGUCAUUAGCUAAUGAAUGUGCCAAACGCCAUGGAUUGGAAAUUGGGAAGGCUGUUGAUGAUGAUGAUGAUGAUGCGGGAAACUACUUUGUGCUUGCAAUGGUGUUUCCUGCUAGUAAGGUUUUGAAGAAUGGAGUACGCUUGUCUUCAAACCUUUAUGAUACCAUGGGAUGUCCUCCUUUCGGCACAAGUGUGUUUGUUCAUGCAUUACAGAAACAACUCUUGCCUCCUCUUGCCAGUGGGAUCAAUCAACAGGAUUCUACGGAAAAUAAUUGUCUACCUAUUAAUAAUUGCAAGGAAUUGUAUCUUCAGUUGGUUCCUUCUGAAAAUGGGCUACCGUUGAAAUUUAAUAAUUUUCCCUCAUUGGACGUGUCUAAGGUGAAAUCUCAUGUCCAAUUUGAGAAUGACGUUGUUGCAUCUCCUGUGACACCUUCUUAUGGAUCAAAGUUCUCUAAUGCUAGUGGUUUAUCAUCUCCGCGAUUUAAUGAUCCAGCAUCUGGUGUGCCAAAUCAGAAUAGUCAAUCACUGAUUUCAUCUGAUGUUAGCUUAGCAUUAGGGGAUGAAAGUUCUAAACAAUUACUUCAGACAUGGGCAACUUCAUGGUUAUAUUCUCGAUCUUUACUUCUAGGGAAUCUUGUUAACAUCUCAACGUUUUCAGAGUGCUUUUUCCAAGUGAUAGGAGCUAAGAAGCAGCCAGGUACCAAAUCUGAUCAUUAUCCAUCAAGUGAAAGCAAUGAUUUAUAUCCUGAGGAUUCUGAUACAGCAGUUACUGUAAAUCAGGCUUUCACUGUUAAUUACGAAACAAAGGUAUUUUUAUCUCUGCCAUCAAAUGCGGCAUCUGAAGAGCCAUUUCAAAGGGAUAUAUCUUGUGUGAAACUAGAACACAAAGUUGCUAAUGCUAGCUUACGGGAUAAAAUCUCUAAAUUGGGUGGUUUAUCCAAAGAAUAUACACUUCUAAAGGACAUAAUUUCUUCGUCAGUGAAUGAUGCUUUAUCAAGUUUUGGUUUGAGGACUACAAGAGGUGUCCUUCUUCAUGGUCCACCUGGUACUGGAAAGACUUCCCUGGCUCAAUUAUGUACUCAUGAUGUUGGAGUCAAUUUUUUCCCAAUAAAUGGACCUGAAAUUGUGACCCAAUAUUAUGGGGAAAGUGAACAAGCAUUGCAUAAAGUUUUUGAUUCAGCUAUUGAAGCUGCACCUGCUGUGGUAUUCAUUGAUGAAUUAGAUGCAAUUGCCCCUGCAAGGAAAGAAGGAGGUGAAGAGCUAUCUCAAAGAUUGGUUGCCACUUUAUUGAAUAUGAUGGAUGGAAUUAGUAGAACUAAAGGGUUACUUGUAAUUGCUGCCACUAAUCGUCCUGACCAUAUUGAACCAGCUCUCAGACGACCUGGAAGAUUUGACAAGGAAAUUGAAAUUGGUGUGCCAUCCCCCAAACAACGUUCAGAUAUUUUGCUCACUCUUCUCAGUGAAAUGGAUCAUUGUCUCUCUGAGUUACAAAUUGAACACCUUGCCACAGUCACUCAUGGUUUUGUGGGUGCUGAUCUAGCUUCACUUUGCAAUGAGGCAGCCUUGAUUUGUCUACGACAUUAUGCUAGCUUUAAGAAGACUUAUGAUUCUUGUUCUGAUUAUGUAACAGAACAACACGUUCUGAUGACUGGUGCAACAAACUCAAUAGAUCAUUUGGGUGAGGCAACUUCAUCUGUUUCAGAUAUGUCGGCCACCAGUUGUGUAUUACCUUGCAUGAGGAGAAUGACUUAUGAAACUAUGGAAAUAAUUCCUGAUAGUGGUGAAGAGCAAAUUUUGAAAGUAAGCUUUGAAGAUUUUCAGAAGGCCAGGAUGAAAAUAAGACCUAGUGCCAUGAGAGAGGUAAUCCUUGAGGUUCCAAAGGUUAAUUGGGAAGAUGUUGGCGGUCAGAAGGAGGUCAAAGCCCAAUUGAUGGAAGCAGUUGAAUGGCCACAGAAGCACCAUGAUGCAUUCAAUCGAAUUGGAACUCGCCCUCCUAUGGGUGUACUGAUGUUCGGACCUCCAGGUUGUAGUAAAACCCUCAUGGCACGUGCUGUUGCUUCUGAAGCAGGGUUGAACUUUCUAGCAGUCAAGGGUCCUGAACUCUUCAGUAAAUGGGUUGGUGAAUCUGAGAAGGCUGUCAGAUCAUUAUUUGCAAAAGCAAGGGCAAAUGCCCCAUCAAUAGUAUUUUUUGAUGAAAUAGACAGUCUUGCUGUAACUCGAGGGAAGGAAAGUGAUGGUGUUUCAGUAUCAGAUAGGGUCAUGAGUCAGCUUCUUGUUGAGUUGGAUGGUUAG